UAUUUGUAGAAGCGUUUCCAUUUGUUCGAGCUCUUCAAUUUCUGACGCCUAAGGUAGGAGGGUGAUGUACUGGCAUAGGUAAACCGAGCUUAUCGCCAUAGGCGAACGUUCAGUAUACCGCCGCGAGCUCACCUGUCCAGGUGAACACCCUGCUCCACGUUUUAUCACCACACCGACACAUCACACGUACCCUUAAAACGAGUCAUUAGAAAUAAAAUCUUCCUCGUCCUUAACAAAACGUAUUACAAAAACCAUCUAACUUCAUUCAAGAUUGUUUCUUAAACAGUUACGAAAGUGAAAUAACUUGUGUGCUUUAAAUGAAGUGACGUAUUGCUAGUGAAAGUUUAGAAAGAACAAUUUAUUACAGAGUGAUUUCUGAGACGUGAUUUUGUAACAAAAGAAUUGGUUCAAAUAAGACAUCAGAGAGUGCAACGAUUAGAAAAAAUAAUGUUUGUAAAAAUACAUGAAAAUUGCAGAAGAAUAUGAUGAAGUAUUGCAUCGUACAGAAUUUUAUGGGAACCGAUCCAUUACGUUAUCGAUGCAAGCAUCGCAAUUAUCUACAGAACAGAUACGCUGAUCCGACGAAAGAAAGUAAUCAUGUCAAUUAAGCAAAUUUUGCCAGUAAGAUGACCUCAACAAAGCCAAUCACCACGUUUUCGUGGCUGUUACGCUCGUACAAGAGACGAAGAUUUAAGCCCGAAUGGCUCGUUUUUAUAUUCGCUUGCCUUUUGGCGAACUGCGAUGCCAGGAACAAUCCACCGCGUUUCCUUAUCGAUGGACAAACGGAAAUCAUUCUUAGGCUGAAGGAAGGUCCUGAUACACCAGUUGGCAGUUUAAUUUACAAGCUUCGCGGCGCCGAUCCUGACGGUGACAGCCUGACGUUCGGUGUUAGAGAUCAACCUGACAGCGACGUGAUUCGGGUCGAGAAUUUUAGUCCGAACCAGGCCAAUAUUUACCUGAACAAAUUGCUGGACAGAGAGACAAGGGAUGAAUACGCGUUGGUUCUGACUCUGACGGACGGAAGACUCGGCGAAGGAAACUUCAUCACGCAAAGCUUGCUAUUGUUAGUGGAAGAUGUUAACGACAACGUGCCAAUUUUUCGACCGCAUCCGACUUCCUUAACCGUGCGCGAGGAUUCAGGACCGGGCAUUUUAACGACAGUCGAAGCGACUGAUGCGGACUUAGGAGCGCACGGACAAGUAGUUUAUUACCUGCAAGAACUCGACGGAGAUAACGACGUGUUCAGUGUCUCCACUGUCAAUGGAAAAGGUGUCGUCCGUCUUGUUGGUCGUCUAGAUUACGAAAAGAAGUAUCUCUAUCAACUGAGAAUUUUGGCUAUUGAUCGAGCAAUAAAUGAAAAGGUAAACACUGGAACAACUGCGAUCCUCGUUAAAGUGCAAGAUGUCGAAGACCAACCUCCAGAAUUUAUUACCAUGACGCCUGUUGCCCGCAUCAGUGAAAAUGUUAGGAUAGGCACGUCUGUUCUUCAAGUGCGUGCUGUAGACGGUGACAAGGGGAUAAACAAUAAAGUGACUUACAGUAUAACUCAGGGACCAAGGUAUUUGUUCGACAUAGACGCCACUUCCGGUUUGGUGUUCACCACGGCCCAACUCGACAGAGAGGCGGAGGAAAAUGCGGACGGGACUUUUAUUCUGGAAAUUACAGUGAGGGAAGUGUCGAAAAUCGUACCUGCACCGUCGGUUUCCACCGAAGUUACGAUUAUUCUUACGGACGUGAACGACGAAACGCCCAAGUUUCGAAGCACGCGAUAUCGCGCCGAGAUCAAUGAAAAUGCGCCGUACAAUACCCCUGUUAAUUUCAUCGGAGAUGCGAUACCGGAAGUCUACGAUCAUGACUUGGGAACAAAUGGUACUUUUAGAAUGUUUAUUGAAGGCGACGAUGGAAUAUUUGAUGUUACACCAUCGAGGGGGAUUAAUGAAGCUCCUUUUUUAAUUCGUGUCAAAAAUUCUAGCAAACUUGAUUUUGAGGAAAGAUCAGAGGUGAAUUUCACGUUAAUUGCAAAAGAGGUAGUAUCAGUGGCACCAAAACUCAGUAGAGUACCAGUAAUAGUUUUUAUAAAAGAUCAAAACGAUAAUUAUCCAGAGUUCACUGAAAACAUUUACGAAGUAUCGAUACCGGAAAAUUGUGCUGUUGGAACAACAGUGGCAUGGGUUCAGGCUUUAGAUGAAGAUAGUGGUAAUCUUGGUACACGUGGAAUCCGAUACACGAAUCUUGGGGGCAGCAUUGCACACGCAUUAUCAAUGGACCCUGUAACAGGUGUAAUCACAGUUAAAGAACCUGGUCCAAGUUUCGAUCGAGAGCUGGUAUCCAGACAUUACUUAACCGUCGAAGCAAGAGACGAUCUUGGCAAAGGUAAUCGUAACACGGUUCAACUAAUAGUGAAUAUAAACGAUGUGAACGACAACGCCCCUAUAUUUUUACAAAAGAAAUACGAAGCAGUGUUGCUGGAAAACGAGGAUCAUUUCGAGUCACCAUUAAUCGUCGAAGCCUUUGACAUUGAUUUAAAUGGCACCAAGAACAGUGAAGUGGUGUAUGGUUUGAUAUUAGGUGAACUUUCGAGGAAUUUUAGUAUCGACUCAAAACGAGGAAUAAUUAGCCCAAUGACACCAUUAGAUUAUGAAGCACUACCUAUUAGUCAAGGGCACAAAGAAACAUCCGUCCGUCAAUUGAAAUUAACAGUGAGAGCUAGGGAUAUGGGUACGCCAAGCUUGAGUUCAGACGCGCCAUUAAUUAUUUAUCUGAAGGAUGUUAAUGAUAAUCCACCCGCAUUCGAAAGAACCUUGUACAAGAGAAGCAUUCCUGAAGACUUACCCGGUGGAACGAGCGUAGUUCAAGUUAGAGCUUGGGAUAAAGACUUAUCCUCGCCAAAUAAUAAAAUAGUCUAUCGAAUUCAGAGCGGUGCAGGCGAUAAAUUCGUGAUCAGCCCGGAGACAGGUGUGAUUAGAGUCGCACCUGGCUCGAAUUUAGAUCCAGAUCUCACAUCGCCGAAAACUAUUCGCUAUAAUUUAAACGUCCUUGCGAUUGACAGUGGAACGGAAAUACAGAGAACUGCGGAAGUUCUUGUUAAUAUUACCAUUGUGGAUGUUAAUAAUAAACCACCGGUUUUUAUUGAUCCUGGUACAGUUACCAUCCGGGAAAAUACGCAGGUUGGAGCUUAUGUGCAUCGCGUUGUCGCUAACGACCCCGACAUAGCACCGGUUCUGCGUUAUCGCAUCGAUCCAAAUUCAUCGGAGGCAAGAAACGAGGAAGGAACUUUGAUUAAGAUUCAAGAAUAUGAUUACCUUUCCGCUUUAGAAUUGAACGCUCUCGAUGGUCUCCUUCGAGUAGUUAAACUAAUAGACAGAGAAAGGGUGGAGACGAUAAGACUAGGUUUGGUGGUUGAAGAUUUAGCUGCGAUUAAAGAAGUACAAACCGCAUUCGCUACAUUGAACAUAAUAAUCGAAGAUGAAAACGACAACAAUCCAAGAUUCCGGAGACCAUUUUACAGACGAUCAGUGACUGAGAAUAGUAAAAAUGGUGUCAACAUUGUUAACAUCGUAGCUGAUGAUGCUGAUAAAAAUCGUAGUAUUACGUAUUUAUUGGAAAGUCCAAAAGAAUUGGCAGAUCUAGUGCACCUUGAUUCCGAAACAGGAGAAAUGGUCGUCGCGAAUAAAAUCGAUAGAGAACAAUAUUCCUGGCUUAAUCUAACAGUUAGAGCCACUGAUUCAGGAAUACCUCCAAGAUCAAGCUUAUCAGAGGUGUACGUCCAGAUAUUAGAUGAAAACGACAAUAAUCCAUAUUUUAUAACUGAUAUCAGUAACUUAAUGGUUAUGGAGAACGCGAAAAUUGGUACCGAGGUAGCUACUAUUCAGGCUAAUGAUCCUGAUAGCGGAGACUAUGGAAAGAUUACUUAUUUAUUGGAUAGAAUGUCAUCUCAGGGAACGUUUGCCAUUCAUCCAGAAACUGGUGCUCUAACCGUAGCAGACUCCAUUGAUUGGGAGACUAAACAAAACUAUGUUCUAGUCAUAGAAGCUUGGGAUAACUAUCAGUUCGGUUACACGGCUGGUGAAUCAAGAAACGCUUUUAAACAAAUUCAGGUUACAGUAAUAGAUGUUAAUGAUAAUCCACCAAAAAUGGACAUUCCUUCAACAUGCACCACCAUAUCAGAGUUCCACGAUAUCAAGGACCUAAUUUACGCCAUUAAAGUAAAGGAUGCGGAUGAUCCAACCACCCCCAAUGGUCGUGUGAGAAUUAGAAUUCUCUCUGGAAAUGAAUUAGGUUUAUUUAUCUUAGAGCAAACAGACUAUUGGAAUGCAAAUAUAAAAGCGGCACAUUCGCUUCGAGGAAAAUUUGGCAAUUAUUCGUUGUACUUGGAAGCUCGAGAUCUUGGAAGUCCUUCUAAUAAAGACACAUCGGUGUUAAACAUUUGUGUUACCGAUUACAACGAUAAUCCUCCGGUAUUCAUCAGUCCGCAACACAACACAACCAUCCGCGUGCCAGAGAACGUAACAGUUGGAACAGCAAUUAUCCAAAUUGAAGCGGAAGAUGCUGACACCGGACCAAACGGUGACGUUCAUUAUCGUCUGAAGCAAGAUUUAGCUGGUCAUUGGAGAACUUUUCAUAUCGACGACAAAACUGGAAUUAUUUCUCUGAAACUUCCAUUGGAUAGAGAAACUCAAAAAUUAUACGAGAUCAGAGUGGAAGCGUACGAUCUAGGCACUCCAACUCCUCUCAGUUCGGAUCUGGUUUUAAUUAUUUACGUUCGAAAUAUCAACGACUACGAACCUCAAUUCUUAAUAGACAUUUUUAAUAUUAAUUUUACGGAGGAACAGCCUCCUGGAUCAGAGAAGAUUUUACUUCCCGAAACUAUCGACAGGGACGAAGUUGAUGAACUCGACGAUCCUCCUACCCAAGUUUGUUAUUUUAUAAUCAGCGGAAACGAGGACGGUCUAUUUACGCUAGACAUCUUUAAACACGAAUUAAGCGCCUCCACAACUUUGGACAGAGAGCAACAGGAACAACAUUUGUUAAUUAUUAAGGCAACGGAAGAUUGCAAUACUAUUCCGGCAAAUGAAACCUUUUUCGAUGAAACAAACGACACUACGUUAAAAGUAAUUAUCGACGUGACUGAUAUCAAUGAUAAUCCACCAAAGUUUGUUAGUAAAAUCUUCACAGGAGGAGUUACCACGGAAGCUGACUUUGGCAGCCAAUUUAUGCAAGUCAAGGCGAUUGAUUUAGAUGCUGGUGAUAAUGCUGUAAUUAAUUAUUACCAAGUAGGCAAGAUGCAUAUGACUUUGACCGAAGGAUUAGAUGACAUUGAAUUACAACCUUUUCUCGUUAACGAACUCACAGGAGUUAUUAGUUUAAAUUUUGAUCCUCAAAGAGGGAUGAAAGGAUAUUUCGACUUUAUGGUGAUAGCUAAUGAUACAGAUGGUUUACAAGACACUGCAAGAGUGUUUAUUUAUUUAUUAAGAGAAGAUCAAAGAGUUCGUUUUGUAUUGCGACAGCAUCCACCGGAAGUUCGGAAUAGAAUAGAAACGUUUAGACAAACACUAGGAAACGUGACUGGAGCUAUAGUGAAUAUCGACGAAUAUAAGAUUCACGAGAACCAUGAUGGUUCUGUCGAUCGAACGAAAACGGACUUGUACAUGCACCUUGUAAAUCGGCGCGACAAUUCCAUCCUCGAAGUAUCCGAAGUACUAGAAUUAGUGGACAGAAAUAUAGAAAAGCUCGAUAGCCUGUUCAAAGAAUUCAAUGUUCUCGACACGCAACCAGCACAGUAUCAGCCGAUUGUUCAGUAUGAGCAAGCAGGAACGACGUUUUGGCUUUUGACUUUGACCUUGUUUCUGGGAGCUUUGCUAAUUUUGUGCAUAGCCCUGUGCCUCUCGCAAAGGGCUUCAUUCCGAAGGCAAUUAAAAGCAGCUAAUGCUUCACCGUUUGGUACGUCAGAUGCAGAAUUUAUCAGAGGACCCGGACGUGUUCCUAAUACGAACAAGCAUAGCGUCGAGGGUUCCAAUCCCAUAUGGAUGCACGCUUACGAAAACGAGUGGUUCAAAAGCGACGAAUCCAUUAGUCAUACAUCUGAGAGAGAUUCUCUCGAUGAAAAUGCCCUAAACAACGAAGAGAUGAUGAACGAAGCUAACACAGACCAAAGAAACGAAGAUAAACCGUACUAUAUUGAGCCAAGAACAACUUCCAUCUCAAGCAUGGAAAGCAUAACAAACAUUCCAAACGAUUUUCAUCGAAGUUCAUCGAUUUAUAGAACACAAAACACAAUCGUCAAUCCUCUUGGCAAGAAAAUCGAAACGACUGAACUGUAACUGAACAACGACGGUAACACUUCGAACAAAUACAAUUUAAAUAUUAAUAUUUAUAGAUUCAUAAGGGAAGUGUAAAUUUAGAGUUAUUCGUGUACAUAAAUAGUCACACUUCGUACAAAGGAUAGAUUGUAUUUAAUAUUUAUUUUAUAGUAAUCUUAAAUGUUACAUCGAGAAAGUAUGUACUUCAUAUUACCAAAUUCUCUAUUAUUUCCGUUAUAUGUCAUGUUUAAGGUAAGCACAAAUAAUUAUCUGAACGAAUGUCAUUAUUGAACAUUCUUAUCUUCAUAGAAAUUGAAGUUUAUAUUUUGUUCAAUGUAAGUAAAAAUAAAUUUAUGAAUGA